UGCGCGCAGAACACACUGGAGAAGUCAUCAAACGUAGACCAGGAAAAGACAGCAAAAAUUAUUUUAUUAGUAGCACUCAGUGCAAACAUUUUUCAUUUUUAAUUAUUAGCAAUUUUACUGUUUUGUUCAGGACAUAUUUUCGAAAAUGCCAUUUCUUGGACAAGACUGGAGAUCGCCUGGGCAGAGCUGGGUAAAAACAGAGGAAGGCUGGAAAAGAUUUUCAGACGAUAAAAAUAACAAUGCCACUGAGUCGAAGAGCUACUGCAAAGAUGAGGAGUUCUACAAAGAAAACCUGUUGCUUGCCAUGAGUUAUGACAUGGCUGCAAAGAAGCGCAAGAAGGACCUUCUAAACUACAACACAAAGAUUCCUUACUUCCAUAAAGACAAAUGGAUAUAUGUGCACAAAGCAAGCACCAAAGAGCGGCAUGGAUAUAGUACGCUGGGGGAGGCCUUUAACAGGCUGGACUUCUCCAGUGCCAUCAUGGACUCCAGACGAUUCAAUUACGUUGUGAGGCUGCUGGAGCUGAUCGCCAAAUCCCAACUGCCAUCGCUGAGUGGAGUGGCACAGAAGAACUACAUGAACAUUCUGGAAAAAGUAGUGCAGAAAGUGCUGGAGAACCAGCAGAACGUGCGGCCCAUUAAGGAGCUCCUGCAGACGCUCUACGUGUCCCUCUGCAGCCUGGUGCAGGACAUGGGCAAGUCCGUGCUGGUGGGCAACAUCAACCUGUGGGUAUACCGCAUGGAGAGCAUCCUGCUGUGGCAGCAGCAGCUGGACAACAUCCAAAUCAACAGGCCCACCAGCAAGGGGAUGACACUAACUGACCUGCCUGCAUGCCUGCAGCUGAACAUUAUGCAGAAGCUGUCGGACGGGCGCGACCUGGUCUGUCUGGGUCAGGUGUGUCCUGACCUCAAUGCCCUCACGGAGGACCGCCUGCUGUGGAAGAGACUGUGCCAGUAUCACUUUACUGAGAGACAGAUCCGAAAGCGUCUGAUAAUAUCAGACAAGGGCCACCUGGAGUGGAAGCGGAUGUAUUUCAAGCUGUGCCGCUGUUACCCCCGCAAGGAGCAGUACAGCGACACACUGCAGUUCUGCACUCACUGCCACAUCCUCUUCUGGAAGGACACAAACCACCCUUGCACAGCCAACAAUGCAGAGAGUUGCUGUAUCCCGGUGUCUCCUCAGGGCUUCAUCAACCUCUUCAAGUACUGAUAGGUCCUCAGGCACUGCCUUGUACAUAGUGUUCAUAGUGCAAUGGAUUCCUGGAUGUCUUGAGAUGGGUUGGGGGUGGGGGGGGACUGAACCAUGUGUAAAUUUCACAAGGGAGUUAAGGAUCUGGGGCUUUUUUGGCUUGAAAGAAAAUGAAUGUAAUGCAGAUGGUCAAAGUAUAUUGUUUGAUUGAUUAUGGGUAUCAAAACUGGAGACAUUUGGGCAUUCUUUCAAGAACCUUGUAGUCAAAGCCAUUAAAAAAACAAAACAGCCGCAAUGAAAAUUGGUAUUGGAUUUACCAGUGUGCAGUUACUGUGUGAUCUUAUACGUUUGACAACCCUGUUAAAAGUACUUAAAAUGUUUUGUUUUUCUGAGUUUUCUUAAGUUGAAUGAAAAUUGAAAAAACAGAAGGUAGCAUGAAUUUAUACAUUUUGAAGGUAGAACUGGAAGUGAUAUGAACUUUGCAUGGUUUUGUAAGUUAAGAUUGCAAUUAGGUUUGUGGGAUCUCGGAGCUGAUUUUGAAUAAUUUUUAGAAUGCCCUCUGACUACAUGAAUGUCUUCUAGCUUUGACCUGGGAAGAGAAGACCAUUCUCUGAACUAUUAAGACAUUGAGCACGCAUGAUAUGAAAAAUGAUGGAUUCGGUACUGUAUAUGUCACCAGAAUGGCUGGUAUCAUACGAUACUUUUUUAAAGUGCAUUUAUAUUUUUCACUUUUAUACAUUUGAUAAGGUUUUAUUUUUUCCAAAGGUUAUUGUGUAAAUGUGUUGUGUUUUUGUUUUCUGAAAGGUGCAAUGUAAUAUUUGAUUUUACUAUAAUCAAAAGCCUUACCAAAGCAUUAUGUAAUCUGCCUUCAAAAAUGGUGAUUAUAAACAUAUGUAAGCAUUAUGCAUUCAUUCUACAGACCAUUUGUUAGUCUGAAACAUGUUUUGGGUUACAGUAUUACAGUUUUGGGAAAUGGUCAGUGUUCAGUAAUCAUUUCUCAGUUUGGCAGAAUGUUAUAAACCUGUUUGCUACUGGCACGUGCAUGAAGCAAAAAUGUAUUUCCAAAAUAUGAGGUUUUUUGUUGCCUUAUAAUUAUGUAGUACCAUAUUCACAUUGUUUUCUGACUAAUAGAUCAGUCAUAAGAGGGAUGCUCUCAACUGGGUCUUUCGAUUCAGUCGAUGUUAUCUCAACCAUGAAGUAUGCACCAAAACUUUGUUGCACCAUAUACAUGUAAAUAAGGUGCCAUACUAAGGCAUUGUGUUUCAUUGUAUGAAUAAACAACCAAUCAUA